AUGCAUCAGUUGUGCACCUCACAUAAUCACAUCAAUAUGUUCUCCAAAAUCGUUGCCUUGAGCGCGGUGUUCGCGGUGUCAGUGGCUGGUCUGCUGCCCGCAGCCCACUACUCCCCCGCCGGCGCUGUCUCCUCCCAGAGCAUCGUGCGCCACGAUGAGGCUCAGCCCUCCGCCCAACUGGCUCACCUGGCUGCCCCCGUCGCUCACGUCGCUCACGUCGCCGCCCCCGUCGCCUACGCCGCUCCCGCUCACUACGCCACCCCCGUCCACUACGCCGCCCCCGUCGCCAAGGUGAUCGCGCCCGCCCAGAAGGUGCUCGUCUCCGCUCACGCCGAAGAAUACGCUCACCCCAAAUACGACUUCUCGUACUCCGUGGCUGACGGACACACCGGCGACAACAAGUCCCAGCAGGAGUCCCGCGACGGCGACGCCGUGCACGGCGAGUACUCGCUGGUGGAGGCUGACGGCUCCGUGCGCCGUGUGCAGUACACCGCUGACGACCACAACGGCUUCAACGCGGUGGUGUCCAACUCCGUGCCCGCGCACCACGCGCCCGCCCCCGUCGCGCACGCCGUGCAUGCCCCAGUCCUCCUCGCUCACCAUCAUUAAUUUAUUUCUUCGUCCUAGUAAAAUGAUACCUGAGAAUUAGUACUGAAAAAUAC